AUGACCGACUCCAUGAAUGCACCACCGGGGAAUGUGGGCGAGAACGAAGCGACUCCAAAAGCCCAAAUGCACGAUGAGAACAAAGCGGAUUCACAGUCACGGAACCAAGACCAGCGGUGGGCUGAGCCUCACUUGGACCAAGCUUAUCAUGAUCAAGUGAAUGAGAAGAAUAAUACCAAUGUGUCCGAUCUGGAAAAGGGCCCAGUUCAUAGCUCCGCGACGAGCAACACUCUUGAUAUUUCUGGGGAAGGGGAUAAUGGUGGAGACCCAAACAUUGUCUUUUGGGAUGGGUCAAAUGACCCGGCCAAUCCAUACAAUUGGAGCAAAGGGGUAAAAUUGGGGCAUAUCGCUCUUGUCAGUUUGAUCACAUUGAUCACUCCCCUUGCCUCGUCCAUGUUCGCCCCAGGCGUGUCGAAAGUAAUGGUUGAGUUCAAGUCCACAAACGAGGAGCUGGCCUCCUUUGUCGUCUCCGUUUUCAUUUUAGGGUUUGCUUUUGGACCUCUUCUCAUAGCUCCGCUCUCGGAGCUUUAUGGUCGUCUCCCGCUCUACCACGGCUGUAACAUCAUCUUCAUCAUCUUCAGCAUUGCAUGUGCUGUCAGUACGGACCUGAACAUGUUGAUUGUGUUCCGUUUCUUUACAGGUUGCGCUGGCGCAGCCCCAUUGACGCUAGGUGGAGGAACUAUUGCCGAUCUCAUGGUCCAGGAGCAACGUGGUGGCGCCAUGGCCAUGUGGGCGCUUGGUCCGAUGAUGGGUCCCGUAAUUGGUCCCAUUGCUGGUGGAUAUCUCACUCAAGCUGUUGGCUGGAGAUGGGUUUUCUGGGUAUUAGUGAUUGCUAUGGGAGUGGUCGGCGUCGCAUCCAUCUUCUUCAUGCGUGAGACCUAUGCGCCUGUUUUGCUCGAGCGCAAAGCCGAACAUCUACGAAAGGAGACAGGAAACACUGCCCUCUGCUCAAAACUCUCCUUGAACGUCUCCCCUCGAACGCUGCUCCUCCGAUCAAUCGUCCGGCCCACCAAGCUCCUCCUGUUCUCUCCUAUUGUGCUCCUGCUCUCCAUCUUCAUGGCCGUCACAUACGGAUACUUGUACCUGCUCUUCACUACCUUCCCCAUGGUGUUUCAGCAAACGUACGGUUUCAGCGUCGGUAGUUCUGGCCUGUCAUACCUUGGUGUCGGCAUCGGCAACAUGAUUGGCAUUUGCAUCACCGGCUUGGGCUCCGAUAGAAUUAUCAAGGCCAAGUCCGCAAAGGGCGGGAUGAAACCCGAAUACCGCCUGAUUCCGCUCGUCUUUGGGUGCCCCUUGAUUCCCAUCGGCCUGUUCUUUUACGGCUGGACAGCGCAGUACCGAACGCAUUGGAUCCUACCGAUUAUCGGAACGGGCAUUUUUGGCGUUGGCAUGAUUUUGGCAUUUAUGCCCAUAUCUACAUACCUCGUAGACGCAUUCACACUGCACGCGGCCUCUGCGCUCGCCGCGAAUAUGAUUCUCCGUUCCAUUCUUGGCGCCACACUCCCGCUUGCCGGAAGAGAAAUGUACCAGACUCUUCAUCUCGGCUGGGGAAACAGCCUGCUCGGAUUCAUCGCCCUAGGGCUGAUUCCCAUCCCGUUACUCUUUUACAGAUAUGGUGAGAAGAUAAGACGCUGGAAGUCUAUUGAACUUUGA